AUGGUGAGUAGUAUGGUGGUGGUGGUGGAGAGCUGUAGACAUAUGGUGGUGGAGGAGACUUGUAGUCUACUUUUGGUGAUGGGGAGUAGUAUGGAGGUGGUGGUGGGGAACUGUAGACAUAUGGUGGUGGAGGAGACUUGUAGUCUACUUUUGGUGAUGGGGAGUAGUAUGGAGGUGGUGGUGGGGAACUGUAGACAUAUGGUGGUGGAGGUGAUUUGUACUCAACCUUUGGAGAUGGUGAAUAAUAUGGUGGUGGUGGAGGAGAAGUGUAGACAUAUGGUGGUGGUGGAGACUU